AUGUCUAACUUAACACCAUUGUUUAGGCAAUAUGUUAGUAUAAUUGCUGAUGAGUCUACUGGGCUUCAAGAAGCUCAGAGUGAGACUAAGUCCAGUUUGAAUGAAAUAGUUACAAGGGACUCAUUUCUGAAGGAAUGUCGAAGCCUUGCAAAAUUUCUUUUCGAGUUGAAUACAGUUUUAAAAAGUGUGUGUGAGGAAUAUAUGAACGAUUUCAGCAUGACUGAAGCAGAGAAGGAUAACUUUGAUGCCGAGGCCAGACUGCAAUUGCAGGAAUAUGUGAAGAAAUUGAAGCAUCUGGAGCAAUACGAAAAAGGUAGACGGAAACUCAUAGAUGAACAGAUCAGGAAGAUUAGUGGCUCAUUGAAUUUUUUUAAAUACAAUAACAGAAAUAUUGAUAAGAGAGACUUUAUUAGUUAUCAAAACUUCAAUAACGACUUUAGGAGUGGUGUGCUACGAUCCCUCAAUUUGUGGUUGAAAUACGUCUCCUCUGAAUUUAGCAACAUGCAACAGGAAAGACUAGCAUCACAACGUAAAUUUCAACAAUCUUUAUCGUUUUCUCAACCAUCUCAAGAAGUAGAUCUGAACAAUCAUUCUGAGGUCGACUUAACAGAAUCCAUCUCAUUGACAGUAUCACAAAGCCAACCAGUAGAGCAUAUCCAAGAUGAAAUUAAACAAUAUGAAGAAACCAUUUCUCAACUUACCCAGGAACAAUUACAAGUACUAGAGACAGAGCAUGAAGAGCUUAUUAACCAGAAAAACGAACAAUUGAAAAAGGUUGGUUUAAUUAAUAAAACAAUUAUGGAAAUAGUUGGUGUCCAAAGUGAAUUAGCUGCUCACCUUCAAGUUCAAUCCCAGAACAUUAAUUCAAUGUUAGAUAAUCAAGAUAUCAUUGAAACUAAUAUUACAAAAGGUAAUAAAGAGUUAAAGAAAGCACAGCGUGCUGCCGGAAAGACAGCAAAAUUGACGACCUAUAUAGCAGUCAUUAUUGGCAUAUUGAUUUUGUUACUUGAUUAUAUAAGUUAG